GAUGGAGGAGAACAUGUUUAAUGAAAGCGAAAAAUGGAGAUUUAAUGAAGUUUGAUUUUACUGUAAUUUCGUCAUGAAGGCGUGGGAAGCAACAGUGCGGAAAACACAGGCCGCAGCUAAGAAACGAGCCAACAAUAUUUUCGGGACAGCAUAUGUGCCUCAUGCCAGUGACGACGAAGGUGAGCGCCAUGAAGAAAAUGUGAUAGAAAACCAGAGCAUUGGAGAAGUUUAUGACGCUGAGAGAUUUUUGUCUAAUGGUGAUUGCUACAAGGGUCAAUGGGCCGAUAAUUUCCCACAUGGACAUGGGAAAUAUUGGUGGACAGAUGGGUGUAUGUAUGUUGGUGACUGGCAUAGAGGCAAGACUAAUGGAAGAGGCUUGUUCAGCUGGCCUACAGGGGCUGUUUAUGAGGGUGAAUUUAAGAAUGGAUAUAUGGAUGGUGCAGGGACUUAUUCGGGACCGCAUGGAGACAUGUAUAAGGGCAAUUGGGUGAUGAACUUGAAGCAUGGGUAUGGCGUGAAAGGGUACUCGAAUGGAGAUUCCUACGAUGGAGAAUGGUGCAGAGGAAUGCAGGAUGGGCAGGGGACUUAUAAGUGGAAAAAUGGGAAUUAUUAUGUCGGACAAUGGAAGAAUGGAAUGUUUAGUGGAAAAGGGAAAAUGCAUUGGAGAGAUGGGGAUAGGUAUGAUGGGUAUUGGGAAGAUGGCUUGCCUAAAGGAAAUGGAACAUAUAAAUGGGGUGAUGGAAGUUUUUAUGUAGGGAAUUGGAGUAUGGAUCCUAAGGAUCAAAGUGGGAGUUAUUAUCCAUGUGGCUCGAUGUUGGUUGAUGGAAAUUUUGAUUGGGAUCCUCAGGAGGUAUAUAAUGUUCGAUUGAAAGCAUGUAGGGUUUGUCCUGGGGAGAAAGUUCCAGUUUUGCCAUCUCAAAAGAAGUUGGCUGUUUGGAGAUCAUCUAAAGGUGCUGAUCCAAAUGUCAGGCCUAGGAGAAUGUCGGUCGAUGGAAGAAUCGAGGCUGGUGCCAAUAAAGAUUUGAGUCCUUUUGAUAGAAGUCGCAGGGGGUCAAGGGAGGAUGUUUCUUUGGCUCUUGAUGAUUUGGGCACAAGAGGUAGUCCUAUAAGGAUACCAAAAGUUGUGAAGAAACAAGGGGAAACAAUCUCUAAAGGCCAUAAAAAUUAUGAGUUAAUGCUUAAUUUACAGUUGGGAAUUAGGCAUUCUGUAGGAAGACCGGGUCCACCUCCAUCGCUAGAUUUAAAGCCUUCGGCAUUUGAUCCAAAGGAGAAAGUCUGGACAAGGUUUCCUCCAGAGGGAUCAAAACACACCCCACCACACCAAUCUUGUGAGUUUAGAUGGAAAGAUUACUGUCCAUUAGUUUUCAGGACUUUAAGAAAGUUGUUCAAGAUAGAUGCAGCUGAUUAUAUGUUAUCUAUAUGUGGGAACGAUGCCCUUAGGGAACUCUCCUCUCCAGGGAAAAGUGGAAGCUUUUUUUACUUGACUAAUGAUGAUCGAUACAUGAUCAAAACAAUGAAAAAGGCUGAAGCAAAAGUCCUCAUAAGGAUGCUCUCGGCAUAUUAUAAUCAUGUACGUGCAUACCAGAAUACUCUGGUUACCAAAUACUUUGGACUGCAUUGUGUACGACUAAAUGGAUCAGCACAGAAGAAGGUACGCUUCAUUAUCAUGGGAAAUCUCUUCUGUUCAGAAUACACAAUUCAUAGACGAUUUGAUUUGAAAGGAUCAUCUCUUGGACGUAGCACUGAUAAGCCUGAGGCAGAGUUGGAUGCUAACACAAUUCUCAAAGAUCUUGAUCUGAAUUUUCUGUUUCGACUACAGAAAACAUGGUUUCAAGAAUUCAGAAGGCAAGUGGAUAGGGAUUGUGACUUUCUUGAGCAAGAGAGGAUAAUGGACUACAGCCUUCUAGUUGGUCUUCACUUCAGAGAACCUAACGUUGAUGCUGAUCUCAUCCCCGCAGGAGCUAAUGGUGAUUCAGACGCAGAAUCUGCCCCUCGUCUUUCAAGAGCAGACAUGGAUAAACUUCUUUUAGACCCUGCAGGGUGGUCUAGUAUAAGGUUGGGGGUGAAUAUGCCAGCGAGAGUGGAGAGGACUGAAAGAAAGAGUGAUUAUUUUGAGGGUCAGCUAGUAGGAGAACCAACUGGAGAAUACUAUGAUGUUGUCAUGUUUUUUGGCAUCAUUGACAUACUUCAAGACUAUGACAUUACCAAGAAACUCGAACAUGCAUACAAGUCCAUGCAGUAUGAUCCCACUUCAAUUUCAGCCGUUGAUCCUAGACAAUACGCUAAGAGAUUUCGCGAUUUUGUCCUCAAGAUUUUUGUGGAAGAUUCUUAAUUAUAUAGAUCACCUGAAGACCUAACUACAUGUAUAUUCACAAGUUCAGUACUACAACAAAGCUUCACUCUUCAGCAUAUCGAGUCCAGGCUACUGAUAUCCUCUCUAUAUAGUUAAUACUUUCUAUACAGAGAGAAAAAUAUGGUUACCACAUACAAAGAAGGGGAGUCUGCAACUGCAAGUAGACAUUGUUAAGAAUUUUAAAGCUCAGUACACUCAAACAGUGUUCCAUCUGCGAAGUGCAAUGCCAGAAACUGCAUUUGUUGUAACAUAUGUAUCAAUUUUGUGAACUUCUAUAUACAUAUAAUUGCUAAGAUAUUUUUUUGGAUUUGAUU